ACCGCCCUCCAGCGCGGGCCGGACAAGCGGGGAGCCCCGGGCGGCGCGGGCCGGGCAGGGUCUCUCCCGCCCCCGCUGGGUCCCGGCCCGGAGCCCGCCCGCUCGGGCAGGUGGGCCGACCGAGGCCCGGCCCGGCCCCGCCGCCUUCCCCGCCCCCGGCGCGCCCCUCCCCGGCCGCCGAGUCCACGGCUCGGCUGCACAGCGGCGGCCUCGGGGUUCCGGCGACAGCACCUGGACCGCGCGGCUGGCGUCCGGCGGGGACAGUGCCGCGCGCCCCCCUCGGCGAUGACCUCGGCUGGCGCCCCGGGCGCCCAGCCCGCGGGGACUCCUGGGAGCAGCCUCCAUGAGGCCCUGGACCAGUGCAUGACGGCCCUGGACCUCUUCCUCACCAACCAGUUCUCAGAAGCACUCAGCUACCUCCAGCCCAGAACCAAGGAGAGUAUGUACCACUCACUGACGUACGCCACCAUCCUCGAGAUGCAGGCCAUGAUGACCUUUGACCCGCAGGACAUCCUGCUUGCCGGAAACAUGAUGAAGGAAGCCCAGUCGCUGUGUCAGAGGCACCGGAGGAAGUCUUCCGUGACAGAUUCCUUCAGCAACCUGGUGCACCGGCCCGCCAUGGACCAGUUCACGGAAGAGGAGAUCCACGCGGAGGUCUGCUACGCCGAGUGUCUGCUGCAGAGAGCGGCCUUGACCUUCCUGCAGGAUGAGAACAUGGUGAGCUUCAUCAAGGGUGGCAUCAAGGUUCGCAACAGCUACCAGACCUACAAGGAGCUGGACAGCCUGGUCCAGUCCUCUCAGUACUGCAAAGGAGAGAGCCACAGGCACUUUGAGGGAGGAGUGAAGCUCGGCGUGGGAGCCUUCAACCUGACACUCUCCAUGCUUCCCACUCGCAUCCUGCGGCUGCUGGAGUUUGUGGGGUUUUCAGGAAACAAGGACUACGGGCUGCUGCAGCUGGAGGAGGGCGCGUCGGGCCACAGCUUCCGUGCCGUGCUGUGCGUCAUGCUACUGCUGUGCUACCAUACCUUUCUCACCUUUGUGCUUGGUACUGGCAAUGUCAAUAUCGAGGAGGCGGAGAAGCUCCUAAAACCCUACCUGAACCGCUAUCCAAAGGGCGCCAUCUUCCUGUUCUUCGCAGGGCGGAUUGAAGCCAUUAAAGGCAACAUAGACGCAGCCAUCAGGCGCUUCGAGGAGUGCUGUGAGGCGCAGCAGCACUGGAAACAGUUCCACCACAUGUGCUACUGGGAGCUGAUGUGGUGCUUCACCUACAAGGGCCAGUGGAAGAUGGCCUACUUCUACGCCGACCUGCUCAGCAAGGAGAACUCCUGGUCCAAGGCCACCUACAUUUACAUGAAGGCCGCCUACCUCAGCAUGUUUGGGAAGGAGGACUACAAGCCUUUUGGGGAUGACGAGGUGGAGUUGUUCCGAGCUGUGCCAGGCCUGAAGCUCAAGAUUGCUGGCAAAUCUCUACCCACGGAGAAGUUUGCCAUCCGGAAGUCCAGACGCUACCUCUCCUCCAACCCUGUCUCCUUGCCCAUCCCCGCCCUGGAGAUGAUGUACAUCUGGAACGGCUAUGCUGUGAUUGGGAAGCAGCGGGAGCUCACGGACGGGAUGCUGGAGGUCAUCACCAAGGCUGAAGAGAUGCUGGGAAAAGGCCCAGAGAACGAGUUCUCAGUGGAUGACAAGUGCCUGGUGAAGCUGUUGAAAGGCCUCUGUCUCAAGUACCUGGGCCGCGUCCAGGAGGCCGAAGACAAUUUCAGGAGCAUCUCUGCCAAUGAAAAGAAGAUUAAAUAUGACCACUACCUGAUUCCCAAUGCUCUGCUCGAGUUGGCCCUGCUGUUCAUGGAGCAAGGCAGAAAUGAAGAAGCCAUCAAACUUCUGGAAUCUGCCAAGCAAAACUACAAGAACUAUUCUAUGGAGUCAAGGACACAUUUCCGGAUCCAGGCAGCCACACUGCAGGCCAAGUCUUCCCUGGAGAAUGGCAGCAGACCCCUGGUCUCCUCGGUGUCCUUGUAGCUCUGUGCGGCACUCCCGGCAGACAGCUGGACAGCACUCCUGGAAACAUUUCAGAAGACCCCCUUCCCCUGCCCUACCAGCCUUUGGGGACCACUGGUGCUCCAUGGGGAUGGCACACUGUGGGUAUCAGUGCAGAAGCGAAACUGACAUUUUCACCAGUGUGGCCAAGGGCCUUUUGCCAAGGGCAGAGCAGGUGGAGCCCUCUGCCUGCCCUAUCACACAUACGGGUACUUGUUUUUCACUGUGACGUCUAAGAGAAUGUAUGAACAGUUUACAUUUUCCUAAGAAAUAUAUUGAUGGGAUCAGAGUUGGCUUUAAAAAAAAAAAAAAGCAAACCACCAAGUACAUUUAAAUCUAUGUUUUCA